AUGGGAGACUCGGAUUUCGCUAAGGUCCACAACUCUUCAAUUUUUCUUGAAGACCCUCCUACACCUCAUAACAACAUGAAAUUCAUUGUGGAUGGUCUGAAGAAGUCGUGUUUGGUUCAUGCUCUGACCAUAAGUCCCGCUAUCUAUCAAAAUCUGAUUAGAGAUUUCUGGAAAAAUGCUGUUGUAAAGAAGAACAAUCAAGGAGAAAAAUUUGUUGAAGCUUCGAUUGAGAACAAGCAAAUUCAAGUAACUGAACACAUCAUCAGGGAAUCCCUUCAAAUUGAUGACAGACCUGAGUACCCCAUGGAAGUUGACAUUCAUCAGACUCGGGACGUCUUGGAACAUAUGGGAUAUGAAGGAUCUUUCCCCCUACUAUCACAAAGCUGCUUCCUCCUUGCUGGAAGUAUCUAG